AUGAAAAAAUGGAUAAAUUCAUCAGAUUUAACAAUUAUAUAUAUGAUGACCAAUCCUUCAAAAAAUUUCAACUUGAUUAAAGAAGGUUCUGAUUGCUCUAUCUCUAAGAGAAAAUACAAUUCUUUAGUCACAAAUAAGCUUCCGUUGCCGAGAAUUAACAAGUCAAAAUCUGAUAUAGGUGCUUAUUCUUCAAAAAAGUGUUUUCAAGAGACUUCUGUUAAUCCCACUUCUAAUCUUCCUUUAAAAAAACUUGUUUCCACUAGAGUGGUCUUUGUUGGAGAGAUGAAAAUAUUUUCUGACAAAAAGGAUAAAAUAUGCGGAAAUGAUAUAAAAAUGUCACAUAGCGAAGUUUCGCAGAACAAUUUAUCACUAUAUAAAAAUUUGCUUGAAUCCAAGGUAUCUUUAAUAUAGUUCUCAGAAAUGAUGAAGUCUCACAAACUUUUGCUUUUGGAAUUUUUGAACAACGAAGAGAACGAGCAGAAAUUCGAACUAAGGAGCAAAUUUAAUUACUUACUACCCCAAAUAAAUAAUUAUCAGCGCUUAGGAUAUUCUGUCUAAAUAGUUUUAGUUAGAUACCUUUCGUAAAGAGCAACUUAAUCAAAAUUUUAAAAUUGAAUUAUUUUAUUCUAAAUUAAUAGUCGCCUUUAAUAAAAUAUUAAAUAUAAUUAGAUUUAUAAAUCCAAAAUAAAAAAAUAAAGGAUAUAAUUUUUUGAUUUUAAAUUACGAUUUUAUUUCAGAUUAUUCUCACUUCUGAAUAAACAUAAUAAUUUUUGUUUAUUCAUAUCUUCUAUUAAAAACUUUAAAAUUUGAAUAUUAAAUCAAAAACGACUCAUUGAUAAAUUAAUAAAACAGAGCAAUAACGAAGGAAAAACAAAUUAUUAGUUGAGAUGGAGUCAGUAAAGGAAAAUAAUUCACUUUCUAUAGAAAAUGAAAAGUUAAAAAGACUGGUUUUUCGAAUCAAUAGUUAUGACCCUUAUAAUUAA